AGAACCUAUGAUCUUAUCAUACGACGAUCAGCUAUUCACGGUCAAGUGUGUACUUUUGGCAGUAAAGGACGAAGGUUGUUGGAUCCAUUCCCGAUCGUUCAAUUGGAUGUUCGUGAUAAAUUUGGAAAGCGUGAUGUAAUGGGACAAUCAAGUCCAUUAUUUCUGAUGCAAAAAUCCAAUUUAGGUUCACACUCUCUACCGAAAUUACGCGAAACGUCCUUUUCAGCUUUACGUUUAUUAGAAGGCAAGUUGAUCGCAUCUCCUUAUAUUUUGAAAGAUUGCGACGAAGAUCAAAGAGCAUUUUUUUUCAUCUUCGCAGAUCUAAGUAUUCGUUUACGCGGAACAUUUCGGCUAGAGUUCUCAUUAAUCAAAUUAGGACCACGCUUUUCUUCGACUUCAGCCCGCAAAGCAGCAGUAGGGGGCGAAAUUGUUGCAAAAACGAUCUCGGAACCAUUUCAAAUGCAUCAUGCAGAAGAUUUUGCCGGAAUGACAAAAUCAACACCUCUUGCAAAAUCACUAGCAAGUCAAGGCGCCCAUAUUCCUAUAAGAAUGGAUUGA